AUGACUCGGACGAGCUUGUUUCCCCAUACUCUAUCAGCUUUUCUCCCUCGGGAUCAACGUAAAUUUCGGAUGGGCUUAUCGAUCUUUAGUCUACUGGCUGGCUAUAGAUCGCGUAUUUUUCUUUGGGAUGUUUGUACACCAGGAACGUCGCCAAAGUCGAUUUUAAAAACAGCAUCUUGCACAGGCUCUUCAGAUGCAUCUUUGAAAGGUAUUGGUGCUUGUAUUUUACAGUUAGGGAUAAUAUCUUCUAUUCUUGUUCCCGACGAUAAUUUGCUUAUUGCAGGUUAUGCCUUUGAUCGCUCAUCAUUAGGUACAUUUGAGGGCGAUAUCGCCAUUUUUGAUCCGCGAUAUAACGCAUCUCCGCAUUCUGAAGUCCCCAAUAUUUUCUCUUACAGCUACGAAAAUAUGAGUGCACUGUAUCAUGUUCUACCGGAAGAUACCGACGGCGCCACCGGUGUAAUACAGUGUGAUUGGAUUUUGGGAUGGGAUCUUAGGAAACUGGACGGCGAUCCCGUUAUAAAGCUUCCGCGGCCUAUUCACACACACCAGCGAAUAAGAUUUGGUAUCAACGAGCAAUAUAUUGGGGUUGGACAUUUUGAUGGAAAGAUUUCACUUAUUCCAUUGACGCCGUCAUUUCCGGACGAUUUUUGUAACGGCAUUACUUUUGACCUGUCGAUGCUUCACGGAAAGGGUAUCAUUGAUCGCUAA